AUGCGGGAAAUGUCCCACGUUGAAGUGGUGCAUUAUACGACCACAAAUACCUCCAUCGAGGAUUUGCGGAAUAUUCCAGCAGCACUUAAUCUUGAAUCAAGUGACUGUGACAGCGACUCGAUCGCCUCGUUUGCUACGGAGAAUGAUAAUCGUAGUGUAAAAAUUUCUGGCGCAGAAAGGAAAACUCGAGCAAGCCCUGUUCCUCUACCGCGUGAUUUGCAUGCGACCAGUGAUCGCGAUUCAGUCGGCUCCAAUGAAUCAGCGACAGUUCGGGCUGAAAAAUCAUCUCGGUUAAGUGCAAUACUCGAUAAAGCGAAGAGCAAAGGGCGCAAAUUGGUCUCGUCACAUAAGAACAAAAAAGCCGCAGAAGACACAAAUUCGGUAGAAGAAGCAUGUCAGGUGGUUUCGAUUGGUGAGGACGCACUUUAUCUGGAUGCAGAAAGUGACGUUCAGUCUGCGGUCAGCGAACUCUCUUCCUCUCCCACAAACAAUGUAGUGAGUUUGUAG